AUGCCAGCCAAGGUCACCCCCGAAGACGCAUUGUAUCUUUCUGCCAUUGCAUUUGACUGGGCAGACAGCUUUGAUACCAAGAGUGCAAACGGACAGGACUGGGACCGAUUGAGACAGAUCUUGGCGCCAAUACUCAAUGUUGACUACUCGUUCCUGUCUGGCCCACGGGAUGAGUCAAUGACCGCGGAAGACUUUAUUGCAUUUGCCAGCGGCGAGAAUAUGCUUGGCAGUUCCCUAAUCGACACCCAACAUCUUAUUGGGGCGUCCAAGUACAAUUGGAUAUCCGAAACGGUGGUACAAGGGGCGCAUCAGGUUCGGGCUGCGCAUCAAAAGUAUACAGACAGCACCAAGGCCACAGUGGAAGCCAAGGGCCAUGGUCAUGCUCUGGUUUACAUCAAGUACAGCAAAACUGGCGGCGAGUGGAAGCUUUGCGGCAUCAAGCCAACCAUGUACUGGAGUGAAUAUAAUAUAGCCAAGAUCUGGGGACAUGGGGGUUAG